AUGGCUGCAAUCAGCAAUGGGAAACAUAUGGAAGAACCUGAAGGAUUAAGAGUGUUGGAAGUGAAAUCUAAGAUCUAUCAAUUUUUCUUUAACAAGAAAACAGAUAUGAAAAAAGUACUAAAAGGAAACCCCUGGACAUUCCGCAACUCAUGGCUAAUAUUGAAAAAAUGGAUAAGGGAUGAGGAACCACCAAAAGCAAGACUGGAAGAAGUUGAGAUAAAGGUACAUUGUAAGACGUAUAAACUGGGGAGGAAGAUUGCAGCCAUUGCAGGCGAGGUCAAAGACUGUGAGAUCUACGAAACAAGCAGAGACCACAUCAGAUUCAUCAAAGCCAAUGUAAAGAUCAACAUCAAAAAGCCACUACAAAAAAGAGCCAACAUAGGGAGCAUUGAAGAUGGACUACUAUGGGCUGAUUUCAGGUAUGAGAAACUACCAAGCUUUUGUUAUUACUGUGGCUUACUAGGACAUGAGGAAGUUAACUGUGAAAAGGCCACAAAAGAUGAGAUAAUAGGAAAAACCAGUGCCAAAAACCUAGGACAAUGGCUGAGAGCUGAAGAAAAAGGAACCAAAGUAAAUGUAGCCAGUAGCCAAAAGCAGAACAAAGAAAAUCCUGAAACCACACACCACACAAACAUUCAGAAGAGGUUCAAUGACAUGUUAUUGGAGAAGCUGGCAGGCCUAACUAUGACAGAACCAAAUGGUUCAGUUGUAGGAAAAGACCAUGACCAGCCCCCUGUGCUGGGACAACCCCUGUAA